UCAGCGGGAGAGGAAGAGCAGAAGGGGAAAUAAAGCAGGAUAAAGGGAAGUCCUUCUCACGAGUGACGUCACACCGCGGGGGGCGCCCCCGUGCUCCGAACUGCUCAGGUCCGCGACGUCCUCCUGGCUGCUCCACCCCUCCCCUCGGGCAACCAACCAGAGGAAGACAGGGAAGUGUCGCUAGCGGCGGUGAGAGUCAGCCGCGCAGCAGGAGCAAGCAGCAGCCGCCUCAAGGAAGAUGUAGCGAGAGCGAGUGCGAGUGCCUCUUGCAAACUGGGUUCGCGGCGCAGGCCAGGCAGGAAUGGCUGCAGUGGGCAGUAUGGAGCAGCAGCCGCUUCCUCCUCCUCCGGCCUCUUCCUGGCCGCCUGCUCUGGUGCAGGAUCCCGUUAGCUCGGUGUUGCUGGCGACCGCCGGGCUACUGCUGGCGCUGUGCUGGCUCUCGUGGCGCCGGACGCUGCAGGGGCUGCCGCCGGGCCCCAAGCCCUGGCCCCUGCUGGGCAACCUCGCCUUUGCCCUGAGGCCCCACCCGCUGGCGCGCAAGCGGCUGUUUAAUGUCGACGUCAAUGGUUUGAUGCCCGGGGAUAGCCGCAGUAGAGGCGCCUCCGAGCGCGUCCCGCCGCACCUGCUGCUCACGGCGCUGCGCCAGACCUACGGCCGCAUCUUCUGCUUCUUCGUGGGCAGCCUCCCGGUCGUCGUGCUCAGCGAUUUCGAGUCGGUGCGCAACGCCCUGGUCAACCAGGCCGAGGUCUUCAGCGACCGGCCCAGCGUGCCCAUCGUGUCCAUCCUCAGCGAGAAGAAGGGUGUGGUAUUUGCAUCUUAUGGACCAGUAUGGAAAAAACAGAGGAAGUUCUCCCAUUCGACUCUUCGUCACUUUGGACUGGGAAAGCAUAGCUUGGAGCCUACAAUUACUGAAGAAUUCAACUAUGUGAAGGAAGAGAUCCUGAAGCAUGGAGAGAAGCUGUUCAACCCUUUCCCCAUUAUUGGCAAUGCUGUGUCCAAUGUUAUCUGCUCUAUGGCCCUGGGCAAACGUUUUGACUGCGAUGAUGUUGGAUUUAAGACCCUGCUGAGGUUCAUGUCACGUGGUCUGGAGCUCGCCUUGGACACCCACAUGAUUCUGGUCAACGUCUGCCCUUGGCUCUUCUACCUCCCUUUUGGGCCCUUCCGAGAACUCAGGCAAAUUCAGCUGGAUAUCACGGCUUUCCUGAAGACCAUAAUCGCACAGCACAGGGAAACGCUGGAUGCCCAGAAUCCCCGAGACUUCAUUGACAUGUAUCUCCUUCAUGCAGAUGAGGAAAGAAAGACCAACAAUGAAAGCAGCUUUAAUGAAGACUACCUGUUCUUUAUCAUUGCAGAGCUUUUCAUUGCAGGCACAGACACGACCACCAACACGCUGCUCUGGAUCCUGCUGUACAUGUCACUUCACCCCAAAGAACAAGCCAGGGUUCAGGAAGAAAUUGAUUUGGUCAUUGGACGUGAUAGGCCACCUAUGCUUGCUGACAAGGCCCGCAUGCCUUUGACAGAAGCGACUAUCAUGGAAGUUCAAAGGAUGACCGUGGUGGUUCCUCUCUCCAUUCCUCGAAUGGCCUCGAAAGCUACUGUGCUACAGGGCUACAUUAUCCCAAAGGGCAGUAUAAUCAUUCCUAACUUGUGGUCCGUACACAGAGAUCCCAACAUAUGGGAGAGACCAGAUGAUUUCUACCCGGCAAGGUUUCUGGAUAAAAAUGGCCAGCUUAUCAAGAAAGAAACAUUUAUUCCCUUUGGAAUUGGAAAACGUGUGUGCAUGGGGGAGCAGCUGGCCAAGAUGGAGCUAUUCUUGAUGUUUGUGAGCCUCCUGCAAAGUUUCACCUUCCUGUACCCUGAGGACUUGAGGAAGCCAUCGAUGGCAGGAAGAUUUGGACUGACUUUAGCUCCAUUCCCAUUCAACAUAAUUGCCUUAAAGAGAUAAGAAUGCUGCAUUCUUAUUCUUCCAGUUCGUAUUCUUACAAAAUCCAGGGCUAUAUAUGAAAUGCACUUCACUAGGAAAAUCAUCAACCCUGAGCAAGGAUGGGGAAUUUGCAGGCCACAGAGCAUCCAAAGCUCAUAAAGCACUUUUACCUUGGACUGGGGACUCUCCUUAGAUUUGUGAAACUCUUGGCUGUGGCAUUCUUAAUUUUCACAGUGACAGGCUAAGUGCAGAAACUCCCAACUGAAGUGUCCGGUAUCGAGUAUGUGUAUGUUUGUUUCAUAUCAGUUUAGAAGUAAAGUGGGGAGGAGAACUUGCAUACUGAUGAUUUACUGUACAUCAUAAUGAUGAGAAUCAACAAAACACAAAGCAGCUGUGCAUCUGGAUAUCUUUUUUCAUACAAGUGUCCUGACAGCCUUUUAAAAGGACACAUUAGAGGUGCAUACAGACGAACCUUGAACUGGACUCACUGUGGGUUUUCUUCUCUAGGAUCAGCCCGGCUUCCACCUGCCUUCGUUGUGAAAUGAACAGUCUUGCAUGUCACUGAUCUGAGGAUUGAUUCAGUCCUCAGGCUUGUCCUUCCUCACCCCCUCCCCAGUGACAUCACUAAUUAACAAAUGCACAUGCACAG